CUUUGGCGCCAACUUUGACAACUUUCUUAUUUACAAUUUAUUAUUUUGCACUAAUUGAGAGGAAAUUUCGCAAUUUACCAUAAUUUAAAAUCGCGCCAUCCACUAGUUAGUUAAUUUUCGUAUUUGCGACUUUCCGAUUUUGUGUGAAUGUAAAAUUUGUAAAAUGCCAAUUUAGAUUUUAGAUUUAAACCUAAUAACUUAAAAUAACAAAAACAUUAACCAUAAAUCAACAAAAGCUACGAAAUGGAUCAAUACCCGGACGAGGAAGAAGAAUUCGAGCUUCGUUAUCAGGAGGAGCUAGAAAUGUUAGAUGAAUUACCGCCUGAAAGAGAAGCACUCUUUGCACCGUCCACCUCAAAUAACUCGAGCAAAAUUAUUAAUUCUGUCAACAGAAUCGAUACCAUAGAUUCACCACAAUUGUCACAAAUCUCCACCGGCAUGGGGACCAGCAGCGUAAGUGGUGUAGUUAACCGGCGUCUAUUUGGUACACCCAAAGGGCCACAUGAGCGCAUUUCGUCAACGCCACUUGCUAAAGAUAAACAGCGUGAGCUGCUGGCGCCUAUAGAAGAAGUAGUGAAUUUGACGCCAUUGCCAGAGUGUGAGCCAUUGGAAGAAUAUAACGAACUUGCCGUCGAAUAUCAAGGCGUAGGUUUGCGCAACAAACGACGCCUAGAACGUGACCUCUUUGGCGAUAUAGAUGACUUAUAUCAAAAUGAAACCUACGAAGAUCCAAUUGCAAAAAAGGCACGCACCGAGGAAGAGCGUGAUCUCGAAUUGAUUGCAAAGAUAUUGGAAACGCGCCGGCGCUUGCAGGAAUGCAAUAAAGCAGUGCGAAAAGACGAUUUGUCACGAUUGAGAGCGUUGCAUGACUUCAAAAUGCGCAACUUGUCAUACACCGUGCCACAGUGGCCAUUCCAGGUUAUUCAACGCGGGGAACAUGAGCGUAUUUUCGUGCGCUUUCAUUCGGAGGAGUAUGAGACGCGUGCAUUAGAGGAUGUGCGUGCUCUACCGCAAUACGAUGGUCUGCUGGGGGAGAACAAACAACGUAUAUGGGCCGAGGCAAAUGAAAUUGUGCUAAAGCGCACAACCACUCCCUCGCAACAACAACUGCAAGAGGCGCAGCCACAAGCAGCCAGCGCAGGCGCGAGCUCAUCAGCAUCAAGCGAAGGGCAGUCAAAUCAGGAUGAAAAGCUGUGGGUGGAAAAGUACAAACCGCGCAAAUAUAUUGACCUGCUUUCAGAUGAGGCAACAAAUCGCAGUUUAUUGUAUUGGCUUAAAAUGUGGGACAAAGUAGUAUUUGGCAGGGAAUUCAAAAAGAAAGAUGAGCAUAACGCGAAUAGCAGCGGCGGCAGCAAUUUGAAUACUUUCAAUAAACGCACAGGGAAAUUCGAGACGAACGGUGGUUGGCGUAAGAAAAAAUUCCAACAAUUAUUGGAUACGAAUUUGGAUGAGCACGGACGCCCAAUGCAAAAAGUCGCCUUACUUUGUGGUCCGCCUGGUCUCGGUAAAACCACGCUUGCGCACACCAUUGCGCGCCACGCUGGAUACGAGGUGCGGGAAAUAAAUGCAUCCGACGAUCGUAGUCCAGAAGCCUUCAAGCAAGCGCUGGAGAAUGGCACCCAAAUGUCAUCGGUAUUAAACGAAAACCGACGCCCAAAUUGUAUUGUACUUGAUGAAAUCGAUGGUGCACCGCGCCAGUCGAUCGAAUUUCUCGUUAAAUUUGUAAGCGACAAUUUAGUGAACAAAGCCAAAGCUAAAGGCAAAACAAAACCAGAGCGCAACAUUCUCAAGCGACCAAUCAUUUGUAUAUGCAAUGAUAUUUAUGAGCCAGCGCUGCGACCGUUACGCCAAAUAGCAUUUGUUGUAACAUUUCCACCAAUUGAGACGACACGGCUAACCGAACGGCUGCUGCAAAUAGCGCAAAGGGAGCGUAUGAAAACUGAUUUUAGUGCAUUGUAUGCCAUGUCGGAAAAAUCGGGAAACGAUGUACGCUGCUGUAUAUCAACGUUACAGUUCUUCAAUGCACAGAAAAAGGCACUGGCGCUACAGGAUGUGCUGAAUGCCAAUUUGGGUCAAAAAGACCGUCAGCAAGGCUUGUUCGAUGUCUGGGGCGCAGUGUUUAGGAUACAACGCCCACGCAAGCAGCUGGGGAAAUCCGAACAGAACGACAAUGCAGAGGAUAUUCAAAUCACAAUGACAGACAUGUCGACUAGCACGCGCGUGCGCAAUGUGCUUGAAGUGGUUCAUGGUGGUGGAGAUUAUGAGCGGCUCACGCAGGGUGUUUUUGAAAAUUAUUUACACCAGAAAAUGCCCGAUCCCAAUUUGACUGCAGUCGUCGAGGCAACAAAGUGGUUUAGUUUCACCGAUGCAGUGCAACAUCAAAUCAAUCAUCUGCAGAAUUAUACCGUUUAUCCUUAUUUACAGUUUGGUUUUGUCGUAUGGCAUUUGCUGUUUGCCACGCUCGCUUGGCCGAAAAUAAACUUUCCAACAAAAGGUUUUGAGUUCCGACAGAAAAGCACCACACAAAGCAACAUAUUUCAAGCUUUUCGCAAGGGUAUCUCGACGGGUAUGAAUGGUCUCGGGCAGGGUCACGCCAUUCUAAUGGACACUGUGCCAUUACUGAAGCGCAUACUUUCGCCACAAUUUCGCUCGGUGGCUGUACAAUUGCUGUCUCAAAGAGAACGCGGUGAUCUCUAUCAUACCGUUACUGUUAUGGCCGAUCUUGGAUUGACGUAUACGCAAGUGAAAUCAGCGGAGGGCUCGUAUGUCUUUCAGAUGGAGCCCGAUCUGGACGCUUUGGCGCAAUUUCCGGGUUAUCCUGGUAUUUCAUUGAACUACUUCAGCCGGCAGUUGGUGGCACGUGAAGUGGAAUUGGAACGCAUAAGGCGCUCAACGCCACGUUUAGGCACUGAAACGAGUAGCAAGCCACGCUCUGCCAACGCUGCUGCUCCUGCUGCUGCUGGGAAAGACGCUGUGAAAAAAGUACCUAAUCAUUUGCAACGUCUAAAGGCCAAGCAAAUCGAUACUAAAAAUGCAAAUGCGAAGAAAGAUGUCAUUUCGAAGGAUUUCUUUGGGCGCAUACAGCACAAGACAGUCGGAGGAGGUCGAGAAGAUUGUAAAACGGAUGCUAUUGUUAAAAGUCCAAUCUGGUAUCGCUACAAGGAGGGUUUCAACAAUGCCGUGCGCAAGGAUAUUCAGAUGAAUGAACUGCUUUAAAAAGGACAGUUCCGUUGUCCCAUAGACAUAUAAGUGAUAAAUACCAAGUUUAAUAUAAAUCGCCUAGUACCAAGUAAAAAGUUAUUUAUAGUUUUUUUUCUAAUAAAUGCAAUACACAUCUA